CGCCCUAGAUCCAAAAGAUGUAGUAUACCACACACCAUUUGUGGAAAUUGGUCUGUAUAUGCCAUUUUUUCAUCAUGAUGAAUAAGUGUUCUGUUCUGCCAUUUUAGACUCAAAAUCCAAAUCAACGUGAGAAAUUAUAUCCUUCCAUGUACAGUGUCACUUUCUAGUUUCCAUUUAUUGUUUAAUUUUUGUUGGAGUUUAUAUUUGAAAGUCUUCACCAUGCAGCGUACGUCCUGAUUUGUUAUGCAGCGUACGUUCUGAGAUAUCUCCUUUACCAUCCAAGAUAGUGACACUCUAAGCCUCUAAAGUGUUUUUAACACCAUUUUUAUAUUCAUUUCUUUCUGCAAAAAAUAUUGAGAAGGAAAAUGGAUAAAGCUAUGACUAAACUUGGAAGCUUUUGGAUCUCCAAGAAAGCCAAGGAAGAGAUUUCCCACAUAACCAACGACUUAUCUUCUCUCUCAAAUAGUGUUGAAGACAAGGCGAAACUUUUCAUCAACAAGCUCAAAGGAAAAACUCAGAAAUCAUUACCAGAUCUCCUUAGGGAGCACAACCUUCCUCCAGGUCUGUUCCCCCGUAAUAUAACAUGCUACGAAUUUGAUGAAUCAAAAGGAAAGUUGAUGGUGCAUUUGUCCUCCCCUUCUGAGGUAUGCUUCAAGGACUCGUCUAUUGUGAGAUAUUCAAAUCGCGUCAAAGGAACAUUGUCAAAGGGAAAACUCAUUGUUAUAGAUGGAAUGAAGACCAAGGUUCUUGUGUGGGUUAAGGUCACUAGUGUUUAUGUUGAGAGUUAUAAGUCUGACAAAGUAUGGUUUACUACCACUGGUGUUAAAAAAUCAAGGCCUAAAGAUGCCUAUGAAAUGCCUCGUGAAGCUGUUAAGGUGGAAGAUUAUUGAUUCUAAUGAAUAUAGGUCAUAGCUUUAUUAUUCAUUAAUUCAAUUUGUGUGUGUGACUUUAGAGGUGUGAAGCUAUGAUGAUAGUAUAGUUGAAAAAUAUGUACAUGUUACAUUGUGACCGGUUGUUAAGAAGUGCAGUCUGUGUUUGCAAGUUUAAUGUUGUUUCAGGAUUUAUUAUUGUGUUAGCUCUAAUUAUACUUUAAGCCAAUUCUUCUUCUAUGA